GUGUAAAUAGCGAACACUGAAAGUAUGAAUAUCGAGUUGGCUUGCAAUGGGUGGUGACAUUCAAUUUAAUCGCGACUACGUCACAGGAGCGCAACAUUCGCCGUGCACUCAAUCACGGAUCUACAACUAUAUUGUCAAACGGCACAAGCGACAUCAGGAACGUAAGGCUGCGGGGAAGAGCAUACUCGAGAUAGUACGCAAGCGUGCACACAGGGUAUUCGGUGGUUUACACAAAAACAAUGAAACAGCCAGAAAGCCCAAGGUGACCAUGUCUGGUUCUAUGCCUGGCUUUGGUGGAGAUGUGUCUGGUGCUGGAGAGAGUCGAGAACGGGGCUCUCGACGGAAGAAGAUCGCGGGGUACCUGAAAGCAGCGAACGAGAUCAGACAGUCGUACCAACAAUCAUACUCGGAGAAAUGGGGCAAUGGCGGAAAUGAAUGGGACGACGAUGAGAAGGGAAUACCAGGAGCAUUUCCAGAUGUGGCUAUAGUUUCACAUGGCGACGAACAGCUGGUGCUUUUUCCCUCUUAUGCAAUAAGACAUCACAAGGAGCCCCCGAAUCCGGAUUUUUCGAACAGUCCUGGGCGGAGUCAAAGGAAUAGCUGGUCGAACGAGGAUGGACCCAUGGACGCAGAAUACUGGGCUAGGGAAUGGCAGAAGUUCGAGGAUGAUCGGGCUAUUGUGGACGUUGACGUUCGAGGCUGGCUCUAUUCUCCUCACAGAGGUCCAAUGACUCGGAAGAAUAGGUUGUUAAUUGGAUUAGCACGACAAUUGAGUGGAGUACCUGCUCCUCCUAAAGAAGCUAGCAGAGACCACAGUCCGGAACAUACGCUCGUAGCCAGGCACAAAGAGCAUGAGGCUCAGCGAGAACAGGAAAAGAUAGCCGAAGAAGCAGAACAGAUUCUUCGAAAAGGCCGUGGGGAGGAGCAAGUCGCCGCUCAAGGAGGCUACAGUGAGAGGCCAAAGUACGAUUCAGAUUCAGAAAGUAUAUAUGGAGAAGGGAGAAGGUCGGGACUCAACACACCAGGCACACCAGAUGAUGCCCCUGGACCUGGACAUCUUCCCAAGAGGACCUCAUGGAAUCAGCCUUCCGAGAUGACACAUGCUGAGUUGAUGACAGCGAACUCGCAUUUGAUGGCUCGACUAAGGCCUUUCUUAACCAACCCCUUGGUUUCAACACCCAUCACUUUGUUCUUUUAUGAUGAAAAGACUUCUGUUUCCAGGACGGUCCAAACGAAUGAAGCUGGUCAUUUCUCUAUUCGUGCGCCCCUGGAAUUUGUCCCUACGCAUGUCAGAGUCUUGGCUUCAGAAUAUCUCUCGUGUACCGAGGCAGUUAAAAUCUCUGAGCCUAAAGGCGUUAGUCUCAUCAGUGAUGUGGACGAUACCAUCAAACAUUCCUCUAUUGGAGGUGGUGCCCGAGAAAUCUUCAGAAACGCCUUUAUUCGAGAUCUAAGCGACUUGACUAUUGAUGGUGUCAAAGAAUGGUACAAUACGAUGUUUGACAUGGGAGUUGGGGUCCAUUACGUCUCGAAUUCACCAUGGCAAUUGUUUCCUGUCUUGGUGAGCUUCUUUCAAAAAGCUGGGCUGCCUCCAGGAUCAUAUCACCUAAAACAAUACAGUGGUAUGUUGCAAGGUAUUUUUGAGCCAGUUGCCGAGAGAAAGAAAGGGACACUCGAGAAGAUCAUGCGAGACUUUCCAGAACGAAAGUUUAUACUCAUUGGAGACAGUGGGGAAGCAGAUCUAGAAGUUUAUACCGAUGUCGUCUUGGCUAAUCCAGGCAAGGUUCUUGCUAUCUUCAUUCGAGACGUCACCACUCCGGAAACCCAAGGAUUCUUUGAUUCGGCCAUGGGUCCGUUGAGUGGUGAUCGUCGUAUGGGUGGAAGAGACACACCUUCCCGCACCAAUUCUUGGGAUAGCCGAAAGACGCAAAAAUCGCAUAGGUCCAGCAUAGCUGAUGUGCUUGAGAACCGACCUGCUCUUCCUCAAAGACCUGCUUCGGAAGUAAAAACACAAACCAGUGAUGGUCCAACGAUGGGCAAACUCAUCGACUUUGAUGAUGAGCCAGCACAACAAGACGUACACGAAUCACACAGGCAGGUCAUGCCUAGGUCCGCUUCCUUUGCAAAUGAUACAGGAGUGCCCAGACGGAAGUCUGCUCCCGAUUCUGGCAAGAAGCCUCCUCCACCUCCAACCAAACCCAUAGCUCUACGUGGAGUGGCUUCCAAGAGCAGUCUGUCCGAAGCUCCCGCCGCAAUUAUUCGCGGAAUUCCUCCCCCACCUCCCAAGUCACGACGUCCUCUCGCCCAGCCUGAUGCUCCCCAUCCUCUUGCCCAAAUUCAAAGCUCGGCAGACCUCAAGGCGCCAGAAGAGACUUACAUGGCAAGUGCUCGACAUAAGGUUUCGGCAGCAUAUAAUGCACUCCCAGAAGUCAGAUCAUAUAUGCCUGGACGGGGCUAUUCUCAACAACCUGCGCAAUCAGAGAGUUCGGGCAACUCAUCUUCAGAGAGACCGGCUCUACCUCCUCGAAGACAAACUGGUGGCUCCAUAACUAAACGCCUAUCAUGGAAUAGCACAGAUACAUCCGAGGACGAAUCCUAUCGCCCAAAUGACGUGCCUGUAAAUAAGAAGCUGGACCUGUGGAAACGGAGAUGGAAGAGAGCGAAGGAUAUCCUCGAUGGCCAGGGCGUGGCGUUACGCAGCUGGAGAGUGGGUGGUGAUGCAUGUAUAGAAGCUAUACAGAUGGUGGAGAAAGCUAUGAGAGAAAUGAACGUAGAGGGUUAUGGGAAUAGCAAAGGGAAAACAGGACACGGCGGUGGCGAGGCAAAGGUUAAGGAUUUGAAAAGAUGA